UAACAUUUCAAAAUUGCUUCUUGGGGAUAACGAAAAUCUCUCUAUAAAACCAACAUAAGCAUAUGUCUAAAGUAUAAUACAUAGAGAAGUAAUUAAACAGUAGAAAAUGGGAAAUCCUCAUAUUCUAGCGAUACCAUAUCCAGCACAAGGCCAUGUGAUCCCUCUAAUGGAGCUCUCUCACAGGUUGGUCGACCAUGGAUUCAGUAUCACAUUUGUCAACACAGAUUUCAAUCACAAGAGAGUAAGGGAUUCAUUUGGCGACAGGGUCGAAGACGAGUGCUCAAUUCGUCUGGUUUCGAUUCCCGACGGCAUGGAACCCGGGGAGGAUCGGAACCACUUAGGGAAGUUAACCGACGGAAUCACUAACGUGAUGCCACCGGAGCUUCGGAAACUCCUGAAGAAGAUUAAUGGAGUCGGAGAUGAUAAGAUCAGUUAUGUUAUAGCUGAUGUGAACAUGGGAUGGGCACUUGAUAUUGCUGCAGAGUUUGAAAUACCUGGAGUUGCUUUCUGGCCUGCCUCCGCCUUUCUUUUGGCCUUGCUUUUUAGCACCGACAAGUUGCUUGAUGAUCAAGUUAUUGACGAACAUGGAACGCCAAUCAAUGGAAAAAAUAUGAUUCAGCUGUGCCCAAACACACCUGCAAUGCACCCGAAGAACUUUCUGUGGGUCUGUCUUGGUGAUUUAACCACACAAAAGAAAAUAUUCGAGUUCGCCAGAAGAAACAACAAAGCUGUUGAAAAUGUAGAGUGGCUAAUCUGCAACACAACUUUCGACCUUGAGCCUGGAGCAUUUAGCUUAAUCCCUGAGAUCCUACCUAUCGGUCCACUUUUAGCAAACAACCAACAUGAACCCUUGACGGGGAGUUUCUGGCCUGAAGACGAAACAUGUUUGAAAUGGCUCGACCAACAGCGACCAGGAUCAGUCAUAUAUGUGGCAUUUGGUAGCUUCACAGUUUUUGAUCCAAUCCAGUUCCAAGAACUGGCUCUCGGCCUGGAACAUUUAAACAGGCCAUUUCUAUGGGUUGUUAGACCAGAUAUGACUGAAGGGACUCGAUGUGAGGAACUUUACCCUAAAGGGUUCAAAGCAAGAGUCGGCAGUCGAGGGAAAAUGGUGGGUUGGGCACCCCAACGAGCCGUCCUGGCUCAUCCAUCCAUUGCUUGCUUCAUCAGCCAUUGUGGCUGGAAUUCAACUGUUGAAGGGCUAAGCAAUCGGGUCCCUUUCCUUUGCUGGCCAUAUUUUGCAGAUCAGUUCAUUAAUGAAACCUACAUUUGUGAGAUUUGGAAGAUUGGGUUGAGUUUUAAAAGAGAUGAAAGAGAGAUUAUUACCAGAGAAGAGAUUAAGAGUAAGAUUGAGCAAUUGGUGAAUGAUGAAAGUUUCAAAGAAAAAGCUCUUAAACUAAAGGGAUUGGUGAUGAAUAGUGUUGACGAAAAUGGUAGCUCCAACAGGAUCUUCAAGAACUUCAUUGAAUGGAUGAAAUCAUAG